CCAUUAUUACCACUGAGUCUACAGUGAACCAGCGAACGCUUUAAAUAGGACGUGUUUUAUUUGGAACCAUUUUAGCAGUUUUUAUAAAGAUCGUGCCAGCUUUUCUGGAACCUGGCUCCAAAAAACACUGAACAUGGGCGGUUCAAGUAGCAAACAGAAGCGGAAUAAAAAGAAACGGCACUCGGCCCCGGAUCUUCGUCCUUCUGCUAUCCCACCUCAGCUUCAUCACGCCAAUACAUCGCCGGCAUUUUUCACUCUGCCGCCCGCGGGGACAAGCCAACCAACAACUAACUCGUAUCCACAACCAACACAGUUUCACAAACAGCCAAAUGUUAGACCACCGAUGCCAACCCCACAUGUGCCUGUCAUACCGGCUCAUGGUGUCUCAGCAAGCCGAGACCAGGCACUACAUCCAGGUGCACAGCAAGGUGACCAGAAUAUAUAUGUAGCUGUAUUCUCAUAUACUGCGUUAAAUGACGAAGAUCUGACUUUCAAGAAAGGAGACAGGUUCAGAGUUCGCGAUAAAGGCCAAGGUCCAUGGUGGAUAGCAACAUUAUUGUCAACGAGCAGAGAAGGCUAUAUUCCUAGUAACUAUGUCGAGGAGGAAGUUAACAUGAAGUCACAGAAGUGGUUUUUUGGCGACAUUAACAGACGGGAAGCUGAAAGAGGGCUCAUGUCACGCUUUAGUGAAAGAGGUGCAUUCCUAAUCAGAGAAAGUGAAAGAUUUCCCGGUUGCUAUACGCUGUCCCUACUGGACCAUGAUCUCAGUACCGGCAAAGUCGUUAAACAUUUUAAAAUACGAGCUUUAGACAAAGGGGGAUUUUACAUUUCUCCGAAAAUGACAUUUGCGUCUUUACAAGAUCUAGUUUUUUAUUACAAAGAUGCACCACACGGUCUGCCGACCAGGCUAGUCGAGCCUUGUGCCAAAAUGACACCAAUGGUGCCUGGCAUCACGUGGGAGACACCAAGAGAGUCGAUACAACUACAAAAACGUAUCGGUGAUGGCCAGUUCGGGGAGGUAUUCAAAGGAGUCUGGAAUCGGCGGACGCCAGUCGCUGUUAAAUGCAUGAAGGCAGGAUCUAUGUUCCCACAGGAAUUUUUAAAAGAAGCGGAGAUAAUGAAGAAUCUGCGACACGAUCAUUUACUACAACUUCUUGCAGUCUGCUCAGACAGAGAACCUAUUUACAUCGUCACAGAAUUAAUGAGCAAUGGCAGUUUACUUGAAUAUCUUAGGAAUGAGCGUGACGAGGAGCGGAUGCUUACUGAGGGACAACUCAUAGACAUGAUGGCACAGGUGGCAUCAGGAAUGCAAUAUCUGGAGGCCAAUAAUUAUAUUCAUAGAGACUUAGCUGCUAGGAAUGUUCUCGUUGGAGAGAAUAAUCUCUGUAAAGUUGCCGACUUUGGACUGACUCGACUAAUAAACGGAGAAUACAUUGCACAAAGAGACACGAAGUUUCCAGUGAAAUGGACGGCGCCAGAAGCAGCUAACUAUCAGCGGUUUACCAUUAAAUCUGACGUCUGGUCGUUUGGAAUAUUGAUGUUUGAAAUAAUCACUAAAGGACGAGUACCUUAUGCAGCACUGGGAACGCAGGAGACGCUUAACUUUCUUGCCAGGAAUGAACGCAUGGCAAAGCCCCACGAAUGUUCGAACGCCCUCUACGAGCUGAUGCUGAAAUGCUGGGAGCAGGAACCUUUCAACAGACCAACAUUUGAAUUUAUGUUCAGUUAUUUAGACGCAUUUUCAAUUUCUUCACAAGAACAGUAUUCGGAAGAUUAUACAUAAGCAGACCAUGGUGUUUAACUAUAACACUUGCACAGUGGGCGACUUCGUUCGUUACAAUUACGUCACAUCCGGAAUUACCCAAUAUGCAGCGUGUGUGAAUGUGGAGGAAAGUGACGUUACAAUGUGAAUGAUUAGAGCACAGCGUGGAGUGCAGCUAAUCGAUGUAUAUACUAUUUUAUAUCAAAACAUUAUUUUCGAAUCAUAGGUGUCGCCCAUUUAAAAUCAUGGGCGGGGUGGCUGUAAAUUUUGUUAAACCAAUAAAUUGCAAGCUGGACACUGAGAGAAAACAAAAUUCAAGAAAGGUGUUUCAGGAACAAAAUUAUGGUACAUUCUAAAACAUAUAAAAAUGGGAAAAUUAUAAACUGCGAAAAAAAUCCUUGGUCACACUUUUGAAGCCACCCUGACGAUUUCAAAUUGUUGGCCCCUUACACACGACAAAAUGUUGAUAAUUACAAAUGUAUAUCCUCGUCUACUUAUUUAUCGGA